GUUUUACUGCCUCGAUUAAGCCUGGUGACGGUGGCUGCUUCAACUUUAAUUCCUUCGUCUGCAAAAAGAAGGUGUCCGUUCCUCAAGACGGAAGAGGAGGCCAAGGAGCAUGCCGUGAUUUUGUGCAAAGGUGGUCUCGAGUUCAAAAGCGAGAUUGAGAUGGUGAAGCAGAGACUUAGCUGA